AUGGUGAGCUACACGGGAGGUGAAACGAAAUUCUCAAUCUCGUGCGGAGAGAAGCAACUUCGUUCUUCAAGCGGACAGCAGGACAAUCUUUCGGUGGGGGCUCUGGAGACGGCUGUGCUGGUCCACAAAAGAAAGGGCAAGAAUGUGCAGGGCAGGAUUCUUGGGGAAGAAGAGAUCGAGAACGGUCUUGCGCGGUCCUUCUCGUGCAAGAAAAAAUGGCUCAUCGUGACGAUACUCUGCGUCCAGCAGAUCUCGAUGAACUUGAACGCAUCUAUCUUGGGUAACUGCUUCGUGGAGCUGCGACAGACUUACGGGGUAACGGAAACUAUCCUCUCGCUCUGCCAGUCACUGUUCCUGGUGGCGUACGCGUUCGGCUGCGAACUGUGGGCACCCUGGAGUGAGGAGAGCGGCAGAAGACCGACGUUGCAAUGGAGUCUCGGCUUCGUAAAUCUUUGGCAACUUCCACAGAUCUUCAUGGCUGCAUUUGGGAAGCCUGACCAAGGUGACAGCAUCGGAGCUGGCAUCCUUUUCUGCAGGAUCAUGGGGGGGCUGUGUUCUGCGGGAGGCUCGGUGACCUUGGGCAUAAUCGCUGAUAUGUUUGACGCCGACAGCCAGCAAUAUGCGAUGGCGGCGCUAGUUUGCGCGUCCGUCAUGGGAUCUAUAGUUGGGCCGGUUAUUGGAGGCUUCCUUGAGUCCUUCGUCGGAGGCCGGUGGGUCUUUCUCGCGCAGUUCGUGAUCGGCUUGGCUGCGCAGCUCUUGCACGCGAUCUGGGUUCCGGAGACUCGAUCUAGUGUACUCGUUGCGAAAGAGGCUAGACGACGUCGGGACGCAAGUAUCGAGCAGGUUUGGACCCAGGCUGAACUCGAUAAAACCAGCCAUCUUUCGAUUGACUUUUGGAAGGACGCAGCUGGUAUUUGGACUCGACCAUUCAAGAUGCUCGCGAUGGAGCCAAUCGUGACAUGCCUAUCCCUGAUCAGUGGUUUCAGCGACGCGCUCAUUUUCUCUUUCCUCGAGUCGCUCCCCAUGAUCAUGGACCAGUGGGAUUUCGUGCCCUGGCAGCGGGGCCUUUGCUUCAUUUCCAUCGGCAUCGGAUAUCUCAUCGGGUGGGCUAUCUGGGUUUGGGACAUAGGACGCCGGCAGGGGAAACGGCAGAGAUUUGGCUCGACCGCGACGCCCGAGACUCGUCUCAGAUGGCUACUAUAUACAGCACCUCUUCUGCCUACUGGCAUGAUUGGUUUUGCUUGGACAGCGACAGGACCGCCAAGGCACUGGUUGGUGCCAAAUUUUUGGCUUGCCCUGGUUGGCAUUGCAAACUACGCAAUAUACGGCGCUACGGUGGAUUACAUGGUCGCCUCGUACGGCCCAAGACUGUCGGCAUCGGCCACCGGUGGCAAUGGGUUUUGUCGAGACCUCUGGGCUGGCGUUUCUGUUUUUUAUGUCAAGGAUUUAUAUUCCAAAAUCGGACCGCCUGGCAAACAUUUGCCGUACGGCUCGACUGUGCUUGCGGGGUUGGCCAUGGUACUUAUCGUGCCUGUAUACCUUUUCUGCUUUUUUGGGGCCACCGUCCGCAAGAGAUCCAGAUAUGCUAAAGCUAUAGCGCAGGGUAUGGCCGAUCCAACGAUGACCUCGCCAGACACAGUAUAA